AUGAGCUCUCGAAACCCAAAACGUAAACCCUUAUCCCGCAAAGAGAAACGUGAACAAGAGUUUAAUGAAAUAAAUAAUUUGGAAGCUAAAUGUGAAGAAUUGUCACUCAAUGACAAGGAAUUCGUAAAGUUCUACGAACUUCCGUUAUCUUCAAAAACGCUAAAAGGGCUCAACAGCGCACAUUAUGUAGAAAUGACCGAGAUUCAACGAAAAGCAUUGCCAGUUGCCUUGAAUGGAUGUGAUGUUUUAGGUGCAGCCAAAACUGGAAGUGGGAAAACCUUGGCAUUUUUGAUUCCCCUUAUCGAAUUGCUCUAUCGAAAAAAAUGGACACAAUUCGAUGGACUAGGCGCCCUCGUCAUUGCGCCAACAAGAGAACUAGCUGUCCAAAUAUUCGAAGUUCUUCGAACUAUUGGUCUACAGCAUUCAUUAUCUGCUGGUCUUGUAAUUGGCGGAAAAAAUGUAAACAUCGAGCAAGAGCGUAUCAAUCGAAUGAACAUUCUCAUAUGCACCCCAGGACGAUUGUUACAGCACAUGGAUCAAACUGUAGGAUUUGAUUGCAGUGACUUACAAAUGCUAGUAUUGGACGAGGCGGAUCGUAUUCUCGAUUUAGGUUUUGAAAAAACUGUGAACGCUAUAAUAGGGAAUUUGCCAAAACAGAGACAGACUCUUCUGUUUUCAGCGACUCAAACAAAAUCUAUUAAAGAUUUAGCAAGAUUGAGCUUAAAGAAUCCGAAUUAUGUUGCGGUGCACGAAAAAUCGAAGCAUAGCACUCCACAACGUCUCACGCAACAUUAUAUAAUAUGUCCAUUACCACAAAAACUCGACUACUUAUUCUCGUUCAUUAAAUCCCAUCUAAAAAUAAAAGCUUUGGUGUUCUUGUCGAGUUGUAAACAAGUCAGAUUCGUUUUCGAAACAUUCUGCAAAAUGCAUCCAGGCGUCCCAUUACUACAUCUCCACGGAAAGCAAAAACAAACAAAAAGAGUCGAAAUAUUUAAUAAAUUUUCAACCAUAAAAUGCGCAUUUUUAUUCGCUACUGAUAUAGCUGCAAGAGGAUUAGAUUUCCCGGCGGUAGAUUGGGUGAUUCAGUUUGAUGCACCCGAGGAUGCAGAAACCUAUAUUCAUAGAGUAGGUCGUACGGCAAGAUAUGAAGCCUCGGGACAAGGAUUAUUAAUGUUAUUGCCAUCCGAAGAAGAAGCCAUGAUUGAAGCAUUGGAAACAAAGAAAGUUCCGAUAGAGAAAAUCAAUGUGAAGUCGAGUAAAAUUAUUAAUAUACAAAACCAAUUGCAGGCUUUAUGUUUUCGCGAUCCGGAAAUCAAAUAUUUAGGACAAAAGGCAUUUAAGUCGUAUAUGAGAUCUGUUUAUCUACAAAAGAAUAAAUUAAUUUUCAAGGUUGAUGAAUUGCCUGCAGAGAAAUAUGCCGAAUCCCUUGGUCUUCCUGGUACUCCAAAAAUAAAAUUUAUAAAGAAAUCCGAAGCAAAGAAUGCAACACGACAAAAACCCAACCAAGUUUCAGAAUCCGAGCGAGCAACAGAUGAAGAGGAUAGUAUUAAUGAUGGUGAUGCAACUCUCGCAUCUAAUUCAGAAAAUGACGAUCAAGUAUCGACCAAAGAAGCUGAGCAAAAUAAACAAAGCAAAAAUAAACCAAAAACCAAAAUUGAAAAGUUGUUCAGUAGGAAAAAUAGAACUGUGUUAUCAGAACACUAUCAAAAACUUGUUGAUCAUGAAGGCGAUAAAAUUGGUAUUGAUGACUCUGAAGAUGGUAAUUUAUUGAAUCUCAAGCGGAUUGAUCAUGAAUUGCCAGAUGAGACAGAACAAAAGACUGGUGAACCGAUCUCGAAACGAAAAUUAUUAAAAGCUACAUCUAAAAAACUAUGGGCUAAAGAUUCAAUAAAAGGUCAGAAGCUAAUAUAUGAUGAUGAAGGCAAUCCUCACCAAGUUUACGAACUUCAAGACGAACGAGAAUUUUUAGCGGCGGGUGCUCCAGUUGUGCAAAAACAAGCAUUUGUCAAAAAAGAAUUGUCAGCAAUGAAGAAUCAAGAUGCGAUCGAUAAGAUGAUAGCAAAGGAAAAACGUAGGCAAAAAAGAUUAAAAUAUAAGGCUAAAUUGAAAGCAGAAAUGGAAGCACAGGAUCUUGGUCCUGAAACCAAUAUAUUGGUUACUCCUCAAAGCGAAGACAACGAAUAUCAAGAGAGCCAAGAGGAAGAAAUAUAUUUUAAUGAUAAAAAGAGAAAUAAACGGAAUAUGGAGUCCUUACAUUCGGGUAGAGAGACUUCUGAUCAGGAAGAGGCCGACGGAAAGAAAGUGCGUGAUAAUAAGAGACCAAAAAUUUUGGAAGUUGAGGAACCAGAAACUUUAGAAGAUCAUGAAAAACUAGCUUUGCAGUUAUUAAAUGGACUAUAG